CUCCAGUUGGCACUACGAUAUUUACAGGGUUUUCAGGAGACAAUGGAGCUACAGACAUUGAUGACGGCCCAAAUGGACAGAUAGAAUAUGUUAUUCAGUACAAUCCAGAUGACCCGAUGUCAAAUGACACAUUUGAAAUUCCACUCAUGUUGACUGGGAAUGUUGUGUUAAGGAAAAGGCUCAACUAUGAAGACAAGACUCGAUACUAUGUCAUCAUCCAAGCUAAUGACCGUGCACAGAAUCUAAAUGAGCGUCGGACCACUACCACCACACUCACAGUGGGUAUUCUGGAUGGGGAUGACUUAGGCCCCAUGUUUCUCCCUUGUGUCCUCGUGCCAAACACACGUGACUGUCGGCCACUCACGUACCAAGCUGCCAUACCAGAGUUGAGAACUCCGGAAGAACUAAACCCCAUCAUUGUUACUCCACCAAUCCAAGCCAUUGAUCAGGACCGGAACAUUCAGCCACCCUCAGACAGGCCAGGCAUCCUCUAUUCCAUUCUUGUUGGGAGUCCUGAGGAUUACCCACGGUUUUUCCACAUGCAUCCUCGUACUGCAGAGCUCAGUCUCCUAGAACCAAUAAACAGAGACUUUCACCAGAAAUUUGAUUUAGUCAUUAAGGCUGAGCAGGACAAUGGUCAUCCUCUUCCUGCCUUUGCCAAUCUGCAUAUUGAAAUACUGGAUGAAAACAAUCAGAGCCCAUAUUUCACAAUGCCCAGCUAUCAAGGGUACAUCCUGGAAUCUGCCCCAGUGGGAGCCACUAUUUCCGACAGCUUAAAUCUGACCACUCCUCUAAGAAUUGUAGCUCUGGACAAAGAUAUUGAAGAUACAAAAGAUCCAGAACUUCAUCUUUUCCUCAAUGAUUACAGCUCAGUCUUCACUGUCACACAGACAGGUAUCACUCGCUACCUCAUCUUACUUCAGCCAGUGGACAGGGAAGAACAAGAAACUUACACCUUUUCGAUAACAGCUUUCGAUGGAGUUCAAGAAAGUGAACCAGUCAUCGUCAACAUUCGAGUGAUAGACGCGAAUGAUAACACUCCAACCUUCCCUGAAAUCUCCUACAAUGUCUAUGUGUACACUGACAUGGACCCUGGGGACAGUGUCAUACAGCUCACUGCAGUCGACGCAGAUGAAGGGUCAAAUGGGGAGAUCACAUACAAAAUCCUGGUUGGGGAUAAGGGAGACUUCAUCAUCAAUAAAACAACAGGACUUAUCACCAUCGCUCCUGGGGUGGAACUGAUAGUCGGACAGACUUACGCUCUCACAGUCCAAGCAUCGGAUAAUGCUCCUCCUGCAGAGAGAAGGCAUUCCAUCUGCACUGUGUACAUUGAAGUACUCCCUCCCAACAACCAAAGUCCUCCCCGCUUCCCACAGCUGAUGUACGGCCUUGAAGUCAGUGAAGCCAUGAGGAUCGGCGCAGUUUUGUUAAAUUUACAGGCAACUGAUCGAGAGGGAGAUCCAAUAACCUAUGCCAUUGAGAAUGGAGAUCCUCAGCGAGUGUUUAAUCUUUCAGAAACAACUGGGAUUCUAACCUUAGGAAAAGCACUGGACAGAGAAAGUACUGAUCGCUACAUUCUCAUCGUCACCGCAACAGAUGGCAGGCCUGAUGGGACCUCAACCACCACAGUGAAUGUCGUGGUGACAGACGUCAAUGACAAUGCUCCUGUGUUUGAUCCCUAUCUGCCCAGAAAUCUGUCCGUGGUGGAAGAAGAAGCCAAUGCCUUUGUGGGUCAAGUGAGGGCAACAGAUCCUGACGCUGGGAUAAAUGGUCAAGUGCAGUACAGUUUGGGCAACUUCAACAGUCUUUUCCGCAUCACGUCCAACGGGAGCAUCUAUACAGCCGUAAAGCUUAACAGAGAAGUCAGAGACUACUAUGAACUUGUAGUGGUGGCAACGGACGGAGCCGUGCACCCUCGUCAUUCCACACUGACUCUGGCCAUCAAGGUUUUGGAUAUUGAUGAUAAUAGUCCUGUCUUCACCAAUUCAACCUACACGGUUGUCGUUGAAGAGAACCUGCCAGCUGGAACCACCUUCCUUCAAAUCGAAGCCAAAGAUGUUGACCUGGGAGCAAAUGUAUCUUACCGGAUCAGAAGCCCAGAAGUGAAACACAUUUUUGCACUACAUCCAUUUACAGGCGAACUCUCCCUUUUGAAGAGUUUGGACUAUGAAUCAUUUCCAGACCAGGAAGCAACUAUCACUUUUUUAGUGGAGGCCUUUGAUAUUUAUGGAACAAUGCCACCCGGUAUUGCUACUGUCACCGUGAUAGUAAAGGACAUGAACGAUUAUCCUCCAGUGUUCAGUAAACGCAUCUACAAAGGGAUGGUGGCUCCAGAUGCUGUCAAGGGGACCCCGAUCACAACUGUUUAUGCUGAAGAUGCGGACCCUCCUGGGCUACCUGCAAGUCGAGUGAAGUAUAGAGUAGAUAAUGCCCAGUCUCCUUAUCCUGCUAGUAUUUUUGAUGUAGAAGAAGAUUCUGGAAGAGUAAUAACUCGUGUCAAUCUAAACGAAGAGCCUACAACGAUUUUUAAGUUGGUGGUCGUUGCUUUUGAUGAUGGUGAGCCUGUGAUGUCCAGCAGUGCCACAGUGAAGAUUCUUGUCUUACAUCCUGGAGAAAUCCCACGCUUCACACAAGAGGAAUACAGACCUCCUCCAGUAAGUGAACUUGCCAGCAGAGGGACAAUGGUCGGCGUAAUUUCAGCUGCUGCCAUCAAUCAGAGUAUUGUGUACUCCAUUGUCGCAGGAAAUGAAGACGAUAAGUUUGGAAUUAAUAACGUCACAGGAGUUAUCUAUGUGAAUGCCCCUUUGGACUAUGAGACAAGAACAAGCUAUGUACUUCGGGUCCAAGCUGAUUCCUUGGAAGUGGUCCUUGCCAAUCUCAGAGUUCCUUCAAAAAGUAAUACAGCCAAAGUAUAUAUCGAGAUUCAGGAUGAAAACGAUCACCCCCCAGUGUUUCAAAAAAAAUUCUACAUUGGAGGAGUAUCUGAAGAUGCCAGAAUGUUUGCUUCUGUGCUCAGAGUUAAGGCUACUGAUAAAGAUACUGGCAAUUAUAGUGCCAUGGCUUACAGACUCAUCAUACCACCGAUAAAAGAGGGGAAAGAAGGCUUUGUGGUGGAAACAUAUACAGGGCUUAUCAAAACUGCCAUGCUCUUCCAUAAUAUGAGGAGGUCCUACUUCAAGUUUCAAGUCAUUGCAACUGACGACUAUGGGAAAGGACUAACUGGCAAAGCAGAUGUACUUGUGUCUGUGGUCAAUCAACUAGAUAUGCAAGUUAUCGUUUCAAACGUGCCCCCCACUCUAGUGGAAAAAAAGAUAGAAGAUCUUACCCAGAUCUUGGAUCGCUAUGUUCAGGAGCAGAUUCCUGGUUCCAAGGUGGUAGUGGAAUCCAUCGGUGCUCGCAGGCAUGGGGAUGCCUUCUCUCUAGAAGAUUAUUCUAAGUGUGACUUGACUGUCUAUGCAAUCGACCCCCAGACCAAUAGAGCCAUCGAUAGAAACGAGCUUUUUAAAUUUUUGGAUGGCAAACUGCUGGAUAUCAAUAAAGACUUUCAGCCAUAUUAUGGAGAAGGAGGAAGAAUUCUGGAGAUCCGAACUCCAGAGGCCGUGACCAGCAUAAAAAAGCGAGGGGAAAGUCUCGGUUACACAGAAGGAGCCUUGCUGGCUCUGGCCUUCAUCAUCAUCCUCUGCUGUAUACCUGCUAUCUUGGUGGUUUUGGUCAGCUACAGACAACGCCAAGCUGAAUGCACCAAGACAGCCAGAAUACAAUCCGCAUUACCUGCAGCUAAACCAGCCGCACCUGCCCCAGCACCCAUGAUGGCCCCCCCGCCCCCACCGCCACUUCCUGGUGCUCACCUCUAUGAAGAACUCGGGGACAGCACAAUGUAUGAGAUGCCUCAGUAUGGAAGUCGUCGCCGUUUGUUACCACCGGCCGGACAGGAGGAGUACGGUGAGGUAGUUGGAGAAGCUGAGGAGGAGUACGAGGAGGAAGAGUGGGCUCGAAAAAGAAUGAUCAAGUUAGUUGUUGAUCAAGACUAUGAAACUAGCUCAGCUGGAGAAGAUAGUGCACAUGAGUGUCAACGAAACCGUAUUCACCAGGCUAAUGUCCACAGUAAUGUCAACGGCAAUAUAUAUAUUGCACAGAAUGGUUCUGUGGUGAGAACCCGCCGUUCCUGCCUCACUGAUAACUUAAAAGUUUUAUCCCCAGUUCCACUGGGGAGGCAUCUGAAGACACUAGACAAGAUGGAUGUGACACGUGAGGAGAAUCUCCCCUUGAACACGUUCUCCAAGGGGCCAUUUUCUACCGAGAAUAUGAACAGAAGACCAACUCUGGUUACAUUUGCCCCCUGCCCUGUGGGGACUGAGAGUAGAGGAGUGAAGUCAUUUGGGAAUCAACCAAAAAGCAAAAUUGAACAGGAGUCCAUGGCAGACAGUAAGAACAUCCCAGAGACUCUGGAAUUCCAUAGCGACCACACACCGUCAGAUGACGAAGAACUUUGGAUGGGUCCAUGGAACAGUCUCCACAUACCGAUGACAAAGCUAUGAUUGGUUUUUUUUUUUUUAUGUUAUUUUAAUUUUUACUUCGGUUUUUAAUAAAGUGUGCUUUUUAUGGACACUGAAAAAAAGGAUCUAUGAGAUUGAUAUCAUGCACAGAAGCUAAAACUUUGAACAAGAUGCUUUAAAAUUUAAAUAGGCAGAUUUGCAGUCACAUUGUGAUCAAUGAGCUGUUCUUCCCAGACCCUUUUUUGAAAGACUCUCAAUUCAUGAAAUAACAUAUCAUUUGGACAUUGAGUUCUUUUGUUGGGUCUUGCCUUUUUUCAUUUUAAUAAACAAGAACAAAUUGCUAAGUGAUCAUUUAUAUUUUUUCAGUUAACAUAGACCGCUACCCAUCUCAAGUUCCACAGAGGUCUUUUUUGGUACACGUAUUUUACAUUUAAUAAGAACUGAAAAUUUAUAUUAGAGGAUUCUACAGGUAAUGGGUUUAUGCCAUUGCUGUCUAUAUUGUUCUGUUUUUUUAAAAAAAUGAAAUUAUUAAAAAAUGCUAGUAAAUGUGGGAGUCUUCUGUAAUUCAUUUCCAACAGUAGGUCUGUUUUCAUUCUUAUCCAUUAUAAAGCAUUUUUGUUUCUUCAGAUUUUUACAAAUGCAUAUAUUGACCUUUUAGAGAAGACUGAGUUGUAUAAUUUUUAUAAAUGACAUUUGCAAUUUCCCCCGGGUGUACGUGUCUCUUCCCCACAUCUACAAACAUUACCCAGAUAGAUAGACAAAUAUAUAAUUAUUAAAUACUAAAAGUUAUAGUUAUUUGAAGAAUCACAGAACUAUCACUCAAUAAAAGAGCCAUGUAGACAAUAAUACUUUUAGAAUGGCAACUUCAGUGUGGAAGA